AUGAGAUCCACAGGCUACAACGCUUCCAAAGCGCGAGACGAACCCAAGAAUACAAUCGCCGACGCUGAUGUCCACAGUCCCAGCAAGACUCGCACGAGAGAAGGCAAGAGUCUGGAGGGGAGACAGUCGUGCGAGUAUGAUGCACCAGAAGACUACGGCAACCUCGACGAGAUGGUCGCCGACCCCGUCGCGCAUAAACCCAGGCGUCAUCGUCCGGGGAGAGGCGAGAGCCUAGAGGAGGUGCGAUCGCCUCAACGGGCUUCCGACCUCGAGAUGCAAGACACAACAACGCCCGACGAGCAAGACGAGCCCGAGACCCCAAACUCGAAACCCACCGCACACGUCUCUAGGUUGGCCACGGAGGUGUAUACACUUUCGUAUCUCGUCUUUUUCGCCAUCUUCGGCACGAUUGCCCGUCUGGGCCUGCAGGCUCUGACGCUCUAUCCCAGCGCCCCAGUCUCCUUUGGCGUGCUGUGGGCCAACGUCGGCGGCAGCCUGGUCAUGGGCUUCCUAAUCGAAGACCGCAGGCUUUUCAAGCAGGAAUGGGGUACACCCAACUACCACAGAGAAAUCACCAAAGCCCGGCGCCGCGGGCAAGAUGCAGAUGACAGUGGCGCCUCCAGCGACCUCGCGGCCGCGAAGAAGGCGCAUCUCGCAACCAAGAAGACUAUACCGCUCUACAUCGGCCUCUCCACGGGCUUCUGCGGCUCCUUCACCUCAUUCUCCUCCUUCAUCCGCGACGUCUUCCUCGCCAUGGUCAACGAUCUCCCCCGCGCCGGCGGAGCGACCCCCGAAUUACGGACCGGAGGGCAGUCCUUCAUGGCGAUGAUGGCUAUCAUCAUUGCCACUGUAGCCCUAAGCCUCUCGGCCCUCAUCUUUGGUGCCCACCUCGCCAUCGCACUCGAAGGGAUCACCCCCUCGAUCCCUUAUCUCCUCGGCCGCAAAGUCAUGGACCGCUGCGCCGUCCUCUUCGGCUGGGGCGCUUGGCUCGGCGCAAUCCUCCUCGCCAUCUGGCCGCCCCACGAUGCCUGGCGAGGUCGCGUCAUCUUCUCCAUCGUGUUUGCGCCGCUUGGCUGCCUUGCGCGCUUCUACGCCAGUUUGCUACUUAAUGCGCGGGUGCCGUCGUUUCCGAUGGGUACCUUUGCAGUUAACAUCGCUGGCGUUGCCGUGCUGGGUAUGUGUUGGGAUCUGGCGCAUGCGGGGCUGGGCGGCGUGGUAGGGUGUCAGGUUUUGCAGGGCGUCGAGGACGGAUUCUGCGGGUGCUUGACGACUGUUUCGACGUGGGUUGCUGAGUUGACUGCGCUGCGACGGAGACAUGCUUAUAUUUAUGGCCUGGGCAGUGUUGUGGUGGGGUUUGCGAUGAUGGUCAUCAUCAUGGGUGCUGAGAAGUGGACAGACGGGUUCACGCCUCUGAUGUGUACCCAUUGA